AUGGUCAAUCACACUAUAGUCAAACAUCCUAUGGUCAAACAUCAGAUGGUCAAACAUCCUAUGGUCAAACAUCCUAUGGUCAAACCCCCUAUGGUCAAACACCCUAUGGUCAAACAUCCUAUGGUCAAACAUCAGAUGGUCAAACAUCCUAUGGUCAAACAUCCUAUGGUCAAACCCCCUAUGGUCAAACACCCUAUGGUCAAACAUCCUAUGGUCAAACAUCCUAUGGUCAAACAUCCUAUGGUCAAACAUCCUAUGGUCAAACAUCCUAUGGUCAAACCCCCUAUGGUCAAACAUCCUAUGGUCAAACAUCCUAUGGUCAAACAUCCUAUGGUUAAACAACCUAUGGUUAAACAACCUAUGGUCCCUCGAUUGUAG